UCACGUCAGGCUUUUCUACUGCAGGAGGCAGACAUGGCUGAUGAGAUCAGCAAAGCCCAGACAGCUCGCCCCGGGGGAGAUACCAUCUUUGGGAAAAUUAUCCGCAAAGAAAUACCGGCUAAGAUCAUCUAUGAAGAUGAGCAAUGUAUCGCAUUUCAUGAUGUAGCUCCACAAGCCCCAGUACAUUUUCUGGUGGUGCCGAAAAAAUUCAUCACCCAGUUGUCUAAGGCAGAUGCCAGUGACAAGGAACUACUUGGACAUCUGAUGAUCGUUGGCAGCAAGUGUGCAGCUGAUUUGGGUUUGACAAAUGGCUACCGACUUGCGGUGAAUGAGGGGCCAGAUGGUGGCCAGUCUGUGUACCACCUUCACCUUCAUGUUUUUGGUGGACGCCAGAUGGGCUGGCCUCCAGGCUAGUCGCUUGCCAGACACAACAAGCCAACACAGUUACUGCAAUCUGUCCCAUCCAAUGUAACAGAUUCUCUGAACGUAAAGCUCAGCAUUCGUGCUUUUGUUUCUGCCAAGACUGGAUGAGUCACAGAAUAAAGUGUAAUAAAUAGUUUUCCUUGAAAUUAAA